CAGAGCACCUGGCACAUGCCCCCACCCCCUGCUUUAGGCUGGGGGGGAAGAGAACAAGGGAGGGGCGGAGUGUAAUCAGCUGCUGGGUGAGCGCCGCGCUGCUGUUUCUCCAUUGUGAUCUGGGAACCCAGGCAGAGCAAAAGGGUCUGUGCCGGGGAGACCUUCAUUAACUCCCCACCGUCCGGCCUGGCCUGGGCCCUUCUCCCGCCGGAGCCGCCCCGGGCUCUGCCCGCCCCACUGCAGAGCUGCAGCCUCCAGGCGUCUGACUGAGAUCAGGGCUUAUCGUACUGAGCAUGGCACAAGCCUUGCUUGAGAUCAGCCCCCCCAGUGUGCCGGGCACUGCACAAACCCUGACUAAGUUUGGGGCACUCGUUGUGCCAGGAACUGCACAGACCUCUACAGAGAGCAGGGACCUUGUUGGGCCGGGUGCUACAGUGAUCCUGACUGAGCUCCGGGCCUCAACAUAAAGUGAAAUCAGGCUCCCAUUGUGCCAGGCGCUGCAGAGACAACAAACGAAAUCUGGGACCUUGUUGUUCCUGGAGCUGCAGAGACCCCAACUGAGAUCUGGGUCCUGUUCUGCCAGGUGCUGCAGAGACCCCAACAGAGGUCAGACCCCACUGUUGUGACAGGUGCUGUGGAGACCCCGUCUGACAUCAGGCCCCCGAUUGUGCCAGGCUACAGAAUAAUGUCCACCUUUCGCUCCAGAUCAUCCCAUCCUCCCAGCGGGAAUGAAAUGGCGGCAAUGGAGCUGGUUCAGCGGUUGGUGACUUUUGAGGAGGUGGCUGUGUAUUUCACCAAGGGGGAAUGGGCUCUGCUGGACCCCACUCAGAGAGCCCUCUACAGGGAUGUCAUGGAGGAGAAUUAUGUGACGGUGGUCUUGCUAGGGUUUCCAGUUUCCAAACCUGAUGUGAUCUCGCAGCUGGAACGAGGGGAAGAGCUGCGGGUCCCGGACAUCCAGGGCUCUGAGAAAGAAGUGCUUCCAAGAGCUGUCUUCACAGGUAGUGACCUAUGUCUAGAUUCUCUCUGUCUCCUAUCAGGUGAGGGGAUGGUGAGUCAGAAUGAGGAGGAGAAACCCCAUCAGGAAGAUACUGAGCAAGUAGAACCACAUGGAACGUUAUCAGGAAGAUCCAAAGGGAAUGUUUCCGGGAGUUGUGCACUCCAAGAAAAAGCAAAUUCUUGUGAGACUCAGGAGAGGCCAGAGGAAAACUUUAGUAGCCACUCAGACCUUAUAACAAGUGACAGAAUCAGCUUGGAAGAGACACACUGUAUAUGCCAUGAGUGCGGGAAAAGCUUAAAUUGGAGCUCUAUCCUUAUCACACAUCAGACAAUCUACACGGGUGAGAAACAUUAUGAAUGCUCUGAGUGUGGGAAAUGCUUCAUUGAUAGUUCAACCCUCAUCUCACAUCUGCGAAUCCAUACAGGAGGGAAGCCCUACACAUGCUCUGAGUAUGGGAAAGGCUUCAAUCAGAGCUCGACCCUAUUCAGACAUAGUAGAAUCCACACAGGAGAGAUGCUCUAUGCUUGCUCUGAGUGUGGGAAAAGCUUCAGUUGGAGCUCAGACCUUAUCGCACAUAGGAGAAUCCACAUGGGUGAGAAACCUUAUGGAUGCUCUGAGUGUGGGAAAUGCUUCAUUCGUCGUUCAGGCCUCAUCUUACAUCAGAGAAUCCACACAGGAGAGAAGCCCUACACAUGCUCUGAGUGUGGGAAAAGCUUCAGUUGGAGCUCAAACCUUAUCAGACAUGAGAGAAUCCACACAGGAGAGAAGCCCUACACAUGCUCUGAGUGCGGGAAAAGUUUCAGUCACAUCUCUGCCCUGAUCACACAUCAGAGAAUCCACACAGGGGAGACUCCCUAUACAUGCUCUGAGUGUGGGAAAAGCUUCAAUCACAGCUCUACCCUUAUCACACAUUGUAGAAUCCACACAGGAGAGAUGCCCUACACAUGCUCUGAGUGUGGGAAAUGCUUCAAUAGGAGUUCUACCCUUAUCACACAUCAGAGAAUCCACACAGGAGAGACGCCCUACACAUGCUCUGCGUGUGGGAAAAACUUCAGUUGGAGCUCACACCUUGUCAGACAUCAGAGAAUUCACACUGGGGAGACCCCCUACACGUGCUCUGAGUGCGGAAAAAACUUCAAUCAGAGCUCUACCCUUAUCACACAUCAGAGAAUCCACACAGGAGAGACGCCCUACACAUGCUCUGAGUGUGGAAAAAGCUUCAGUUGGAGCUCACACCUUAUCAGACAUCAGAGAAUCCACACAGGGGAGACACCCUACACGUGCUCUGAGUGUGGGAAAAGCUUCAAUCAGAGCUCACACCUUAUCACACAUCGUAGAAUCCACGUGGGAGAGAAACCCUAUACAUGCUCUGAGUGUGAGAAAAGCUUCAAUCAGAGCUCAAGCCUUAUUAGACAUCAGAAAAUCCACAUGAGAGAGAACUGUAAUAAAUCCCUUGACUAGGGCUGGCCAAAUUUUUUUUUUUAAAAAAGUAACAUUUGCUAUUUUUCACAUAGUGAUUUUUGUUCCAUCUUUACCGUCGCCUCUCAGCUCUACUAGAUGAAUUGCCUGCUUCUGCCUUUGCAGCUCACCCUUCUUUGGGGUCAGUCCUGUGAUCUUUUCUAUGAACUCCUUUCGUUUGAGUUGUAGGAGUGUGUGUCCCUCCAGCCAGGAAUGUUCAUCAGGUCCAGGUGGGAGAGAGAGGUUUGUUCCCAACAGACUACACUGAGGCAAAAACUACCUGUGCCUUACAUCCACUAGGACUGUAUAUGGCAUUGGCUGCUCAUGUUAGUGAUCUUGGUGUAAAAAGACAAUUAUAGAUGUAGAGCAGAUGCAGCCCAGGUGCAGUGGUUGCAUUAGCUUUCCCCUUGACCUGACCUAAACUCCAUUACUUUUCCUAGUCUAAACAAACCCUGAGCAUCACGGUUAUACUGUUCCCCCAUUUCAAACCAAUUGUUAGUCAUCAAGUUCCCCCUUUGGGAACAAAUUGUUUCAUUUCCAGUUGCUCUGAUGUAGCUUCAGGUUGUGCUGCAGAGCAGAUAUUUUUAUUACCAUUUUCCUCACUUAAAAUAUAUUGAACUAUAACAAAGAGCAGGAACAGGGCAGGGAUGGGGAAAAUGUCAUUUCACCCUCUGUAACAGCAGAAGAAGAUUCAUAGAUUCAUAGAUUCUAGGACUGGAAGGGACCUCGAGAGGUCAUCGAGUCCAGUCCCCUGCCCACAUGGCAGGACCAAAUGCUGUCUAGACCAUCCCUGAUA